GCUUCAUCCCAUCCCACCAUAGUAUCCCUAAAAUUUCUCAAACCAAAAACACUGUAUUUGAAUCCGGGCGAAGCGAAAGCCCGGGAGGAGGUGGAGGCCGGAAAACUCUUUCGCCGACCUUCCCCACACGGCUUCACCCUAAGCCAGUGAGCCCAGGCGGCGGCGGCGGCGGGGCGGAAUGGCGGAGCCGGACUGGAUCCUGGAGAGGGAGCGGAGGCAGGUGGAGCAGAUCCUGGAGCUUGACAUGGAGGAGCUCCAGGUCGAGGAGGUCGACGACGCCGGCUCAUCCUCCUCCUCCGAAGUCGACACCUUUCUCAGAAACACUCAUGGGGAUGGAGGAUCUAGAACUUCUGAAGCACUUGCAUUCAAUACGUCUGUGGUUUCGCUGCCCACCUGUGAUGGUGAGGUUCAUGAUGCCCCAGGCAGAUUUGCUUUCUUGGAUGGUGGUGUGGUUCUCUGUUUACCAAUGUUUUAUCUUCAAGGUGUUGUUUUGUUUCCUGAAGCUAUCCUGCCUAUUAGAGUAGUUCAGCCUAGAUCUUUGACAGCUGUUGACAAGGCUGUCAAUCAUGUUGACGCUCCAUGCAUGAUAGGUGUGGUUCAUGUUUAUCAACACACUAAUGAUGGACACCAUGCUAUUGCUUCAGUUGGGACAACAGCGGAGAUACAUCACAUUAAACAACUUGAUGAUGGCUCAUCAAAUGUUGUCACACGUGGUCAGAACCGUUUUCGCCUUAGACGCCGUUGGAUCGAUGCUGAUGACGUUCAAUGGGGUGAAGUACAAAUUAUCGAAGAAGAUACACCUCAGAGAACUCCAAGAGAUGCAUUUGGCCAGUUAGCUACAAAUUAUAUUUUCAACCAGUGUGGCACAUCGUUACUCAGUUUGGGUACAUCUUGUUUCAGACAAGAUGAUCAUGUGAACUCUGAUCAAGAUUGGGAUUCUCUAUCAUCCACUAGUACUUCAAGUGAACAUUCAGUAACAGAUGCAAGAACAUACUGUUCCUCAAAUGAAGAUGAAGAUCUCAUGCUUGAACAGUCUUGGCAGAAGUAUGAUUCUGUGAAAAGAAAUGCUGAAUUAGAGAAUCCAGUCAAGCAUAGCAACACAAGAGGCAAGGGUGAACCUUGCUUUCAAUCCCCAAAAUCUUUACCAACAAAAAACAAAGGUGCUGAACAACGCAGGCGGUUCUGUGCUGCUUAUAGUUCAAAGCUGGCAUUGCAGGCUCCAUUGUCAUUUUGGCCUCGCUGGGCUUAUGAAAUGUACGAUUCAUAUUCCCUUGCUCGCAGAGUGGCAGAUUUGUGGAGACAAAUAGUUGUAAAUCCAAGCAUGGAUGAUUAUGUGAGAAAACCAGAUAUUUUGUCAUAUCACAUUGGAAGCAAACUUCCCAUGUCAUGUUCUGUGAGACAAGAAUUGCUUGAGAUCGAUGGUAUCUCAUAUCGGCUACAGAAAGAGAUCCAGCUACUCAAGGCCUUUAACAUCAUAAGAUGCAGAAAUUGCCUGGCUCUUAUCUCAAGACGUAGUGAUGGCCCUGUCGGUGCUUAUGUCAAGCAGUUCAGCUGUGGGCAAGAGAUGAUGACAGUGUACAAUGCAACUGGUCUUGCACUCCGUGGCGCUCCUUCCAAAGCUCACAGUUUGUUUCCAGGUUAUACGUGGACGAUUGCUCUCUGUGCUGCCUGUGAGUCCAACAUAGGCUGGCUGUUCAGGGCGGAGAAGACAAAUCUGCUUCCAAAAUCCUUCUGGGGAUUACGCAGCUCCCAAGUUUCAGAUGACACACAAUCAGGACAUAACUGAACCUUAACAUUAUGACAGGAAUGUAAAAGCAAUACUCAAUGUAUAUUCUUAUAAUACAAUACGCGAUGUAUAGAUGGAUGUUCAGAGUUCAGACAUGUUGCAGCAGUCUAAAGUAAAUGUGAGCAAUGCAGAAUGCACCCUCCAUAUCACUGAAAGGGAAGGUCAGCUUACCUCUCCUGCGCCAAAGAAUAAGAAUGUGUGAUCAGCUAAAGUCCCACUGACAAAUUUCUGAGCAGCAAUGAGGCCUGCAAGCACUACAGCAGCCGUUCCCUGUUUACACCACAGUUUCAUGGUUUACUCCUAUUGUUGUGAAACCCAGUAUAAAUGCACAUUCACUAGUUCGCUUUCAUUUAGGAACUGUAACGAGACCAAUACGAAGAGUAAAAAAGUGAGAUCUGAACCUACUACCUGAAUAUCAUCAUUGAAGACAAGAUUGUUUGCACGGUACUUCUCAAGAAGGGUAAAUGCAUUGUAAUUUGCGAAGUCUUCAAACUGUAAAAUAAAACAAAUUGAACAAUUGCCCAUAGGAACAGCUCAUUUACAGACC